AUGGACACGAUUUUUCCAAAGAGAGAAAUGCUCGUUGUGAAUGUAUUGUCUACGCUAGCAGCAAUCUACUUUGUGUUCUUGAUUCCUGUGAAAAUGAACAAAAAUAUGAUACGAUGGCCUCCCAAGAAUGCCUUAAAAAUUGGUAUGACAUGUUUUCUAGUUCCUUUUAUGAUCACUGCUUCCAUUGGUUUCUACCUAAGUGGGGAGAUUUCCCGCCCUGGGCAAAGAUUUUUCUUUAUCUUUAUGGCUGCAUGUUUGUCUAUCACACCCUUGCCUGUUCUUGCUUACACCAUAAGUGAGUACAAUCUAGUCAAUUCUGAGUUGGGGAGGCUUGCAUUAUCGUCUUCAGUGGUUAAUGACAUAAUGGGAUAUUUCUUCAUAGCAGUGUUCAUUGUUGUAAAUCAAACCACCACAAGGAACUCAUUGCUUGCAUUGAUGUCCUUGAUUGCUGUGGUGAUUUUUGUUUUCUAUAUGUUACGGCCCGGCAUAUUGUGGAUUAAUAGGACAACAUCAAAGGGGAGAGCAAUCGAUCAGAUUGUCAUUGUGCUUGUAUUGCUUGGAGUAUUAAUCUUUGCAACAAUUGGAGAUAUCAUAGGUGCAGCUGCUGUUGAUUUGCCGCUUCUGCUAGGCUUGGCUAUACCUGAAGGCUCACCCCUUGGCAUAGCCCUUGCUGAAACCAUUGAUACCAUGCUUGAGGACUUUCUUCUUCCUUUCUUCUACAUUCGACUUGGGUUGAGUGUUGAUGUUUACCAAAUCAAUGACACGAGAAAAUUUCUAGUGCUUCAAUCCCUUUUUAUCACUGGAUACAUAGCCAAGUUGGUAUCAACUAUGAUACCAUCCUUUUUCUGUGGCUUCAACCUUAGACACGCAUUGUCCCUUGGUCUUAUGAUGAAUAUCAGAGGCAUAGUUGAGAUGCUUAUCUUCACAACUUGGAAAACAAAUAGGGUACGUAAUGAUAAAUGA